AUGCCUGCGGAUAUCGAGAAAGAUGACGCCGUCAUGUCGGCGAAUUCACCAUCCAGUCCCAGCAAUGACCAUUCUCUUGAAACGGCCGAGGGACCCCUCGACAUGGACGACGGCCAGUCGCGAUCCCAUGCCUCGAGUAUUGUGGCGCGAGAUGAAGAAAAGAAUAUACCGGACACGACAAUUCCACUGGCUCGACAAUCUACCGAACUGGGCCCGGCCGUGAAAGUGCCUCGAUUGAAACGCAGAGGACUGUUUGGACAGAUGACUCUGGUGGCUGAGGUCGAAGAUCCAAAAACCUACCCUCGGAGAAUGAAAUGGUUCAUCACUUUUAUCGUGGCGGUAGCUGGUGCUACAGCGCCGAUGGGCUCGUCCGUUUUCUUUCCUUCGCUAUCUCAGGUUACCCAGGAGUUACACACCACGACUACGAUCACUAACCUAUCGAUCGCCUUGUAUAUGCUGAGCAUGUCCAUUUUUCCACUGUGGUGGUCCUCGUUUAGCGAACGGCUUGGACGACGGACUAUCUAUCUGGUUUCUUUCGUUCUCUUUGUGGUCUUCAAUUGUCUUUGCGCCGUCUCGAGCUCCAUCGCCAUGCUCAUCGUGAUGCGAAUGCUGAGUGGUGGUGCAUCUGCCUCCGUCCAAGCGGUGGGUGCAGGAACCAUUGCGGAUCUGUGGGAGCCCCGCGAGCGAGGCCGUGCCAUGGGUAUCUUCUACCUGGGCCCUCUGUGUGGUCCCUUAUUCGCGCCCAUUGUCGGUGGUCUUCUGGCUGAACGAUGGGGCUGGAGGAGUACCAUGUGGUUUCUUGCGGCAUAUGGUGCGCUCACAGUCAUCUUCAUAUUUUUCGCUCUACCAGAAACGCUCGUCGUGCGGAAACCCGUUCUUCCGGAUGUACCAGAGAAUGAGAUGGCGCCCGUCAGUCGCCCGCUAAGUCGAGUCUCCUCGCGACAGGUGGUUGGAGUUACGACAAGAUGGCUCAAGAUGCUGAAGAUCGUCUUCAUUGAUCCUUUGAAGAUUGUCCUUUACCUGCAGUAUAUUCCCGUGUUGCUCAGUGUCUACUAUGCCAGUAUUGCCUUCGGCUCGUUGUACGUGCUGAAUGUCAGUGUCGAGGACUCCUUCGGCAAGCCACCGUACAAUUUCAGCACGAUCAUUAUUGGCUUGCUUUAUAUCCCGAACUCGGUGGGUUACGUGGUGGCGAGUCUAUUCGGCGGUCGAUGGAUGGACAGUAUUAUGCAGCGUGAAGCGAAAAAGGCAAACCGGUAUGACGAGAAGGGCAGGCCAAUCUAUCGACCCGAGGAUCGAAUGCGUGAGAAUGCUUGGUUGGGAGCUUUCCUCUACCCAGCAGCUCUCAUCUGGUAUGGUUGGUCUGUGGAUAAGGGGGUGUUCUGGGUGGUUCCGAUGAUCGCAAACUUCUUCUUCGGCAUAGGCUCAAUGCUCAUCUUCAGCAUGGUAACCACCAUGUUGACCGAGUUCAUGCCCAAGAAAUCAUCGGAAGGCGUUGCCCUCAACAAUUUCAUGCGAAACAUCUUCUCUUGCGUCGGCUCCCUUGUCACGGCGCCCAUUAUCAAUGGCAUCGGCAAUGGAUGGCUCUUCACCAUCCUUGGACUGGUCAGCUUUGCAAGCAGCUCGGUCAUAUUCUUAAUGAGGGUAUUUGGUCCUCGCUGGAGAAAAACCAUGGAUGAGCGAAUGCGGUAA